AUGCUAACAAAAACAAGAAACUUCGUGUGGGGAGCCAAGCCAGCUAACCCCGUGGAGGCCAGACUACUCGUGAAAAUCGACUGGUUUGUGCUUUCGUUCGCAUGUCUCCUCUACUGGGUGAAUUACUUGGACAGACUCAACUUGAGCAAUGCCUACGUGAGUGGUAUGAAAGAGGACCUCUCAAUGCACAAAGAUGAGUUUAAUAUCAUCAACACGUGUUUCAAUGUCGGCUACAUCGUGGCGCUUAUCCCACACAACUUGAUUUUGCUUCGAAUACGACCUCGUAUAUGGCUUUCGUUUUGUUCUCUCGCAUGGGGGUUCUUGACAUUUGCCAUGGCCUGGGUGCAUAGCUACAAGGCAUUAUGUGCCAUUCGUCUCUUUCAAGCAAUGCUCGAGGCUCUGACGUUUAGUGGGUGUCAUCUUCUAUUGGCGUCUUGGUACACUGAAACUGAGCUUGGGAAAAGAACGGCUGUGUUCACAUCGGCUGGGCUCAUUGGCAAUAUUUUCUCGCUGACAAUGCAAGCGGCGAUAUACGAGAAUAUGGAUGAUGUGGCUGGUCUUGCCGGUUGGCGCUGGUUGUUCAUUAUCGACUUCCUCAUCACAGUGCCAAUUUCCGUUUAUGGAUUCUUCUGCUUUCCUGAUACCCCGGAAACAAGCAAAGCUUUUUAUUUUAGUGAGCAGGAGAAGUUGUUGGCUAUCUCCAGACUCAAGAAACGACCCAAAACCACGUUUGACUGGUCGAUAUUCAAGCGGGUUGUAUCCAGAUGGCACUGGUGGUUAUUCUCCUUCUUUUGGGUGCUUGGCGGUGAGAAUGAGUCCUACGCCAGCAACUCGCUCUUUGCUCUUUGGCUUCAAUACUUCGACUACACUGUCCCGCAGCGAAACCACUACCCAAUGGGUGUGUACGCGGUUGGUGUUUUAGCCAACUUUUGCUGCUGUUGGUACAUAGAUGCGACCAAUGCAAAGCACCACUACAGAGCUGCUAUUCUCAUUGGCGUCAUCAUGAUAAUAUCCACGGUGUUGCUUCUCGCUCGACCGCUUUCCACUGUCUACGUGUUCGUUGCUCACUACUUGAGUGGCUUUUCCUAUGCUGGCCAACCAGUGUUCUUUGCAUGGGCCAACGUUGUAUGCUACAACGACCUUGAGGAGCGAGCGGUAGUGUUAGCCUCGAUGAAUAUGUUUAGCAAUGCUGUGAACGCAUGGUGGCUGAUUUUGUUUUACGGGGCCUCUACUGCACCCUACUUUACUAGAGGUAAGUGGGCCAUGAUAGGUACCACAACGGCUAGCAUUAUGUUGGCCAUUGUGAUGAGACGGUUGCAGAUUCGUGACAUACGCAGAGAAGAUUCGAUAGAUGAGGAAUCGGUGCCUGACUCCUACAAAGUUAAUUAA